AUGUUCUCCGCCCGAAAUGCCGGGCUUCUGGCUUGCGCAUGCUCCACUGGAGCACUUUUUGUCUGCCUGUUCUACGUUCCUGCAUUGGUGAUGAAAAUUCAGAACAUCAACGAUCAGCUGCGCAUCGAUUCGGACGAGUUUCGAGUGAUGGCUGACCUGACUGGAACAGAACUUUCGAAUAAGCGUCGGUGUUCAUCCUAUGGCAGCACACCAAAGAAGACCUACGCGCUGCAUAACUCAUACAUGAAACCUAAGGACGCUUUCGUCGAAGCGAAUCCCACUUGUAACUGCCAGGCAAACAAUCAGUGCCCACCGGGACCACCUGGACAACCUGGAAGACCUGGCAUGGAUGGAGAACCCGGAUCUCCGGGAAAACCAGGAGCACCUGGGCUGGCCGGAAUCGCCCCUCCCGUCACCAUCGAUUCGCAACAAGGCUGCCGUGUCUGUCCACAUGGAGCUCGAGGUCCACCCGGACCUCCUGGCGAGCCAGGACCACUAGGAGAGGAAGGUUCUCCAGGAUCUCCAGGACGACUUGGGGAGCCGGGCAGAGAAGGAUAUCCUGGCCAACCUGGUAUUCCCGGCGAGAGUGGUAAGCCUGGAAAAGUGGGUGAACCAGGAGCUCCCGGUAGAGAAGGUAUUCGUGGAGCCAAGGGACCAAUGGGAGACAAGGGAGAACCAGGACCACAAGGCCAGAAAGGGCCGGCUGGAUAUCCAGGACGCGACGGACAACGUGGAAGCGAUGGCGAGGUCGGACCAGCAGGACCGGCUGGAUCACCUGGAAUGCCCGGAGAACCUGGACAGCAGGGUAUUAUGGGAGCACCUGGACAACCUGGACCGGAUGCAAACUACUGUAAAUGCCCAGAACGUAGUCUGGGUGUCAACCGAUAUGCCGACAAGCCAAAGACAACCGUGGCUCCACCAGCACCACCUGUGGGUUACGAUACUCCUCCAGCAGCAGUGCAUGUAUCGCCACCGGCACCCCACUCUUAUGAAGCUAUUGAGGCGCCGCGCAACCCGUACCGUAAGUGGAAGUGGCUUCACUGA